UUCAGGACCAUGGUGUUACAUGACACAGUACAAAAACUAGACUGAACUACGUAAGAAAAACAACACAGAGAAAACUACACUAGACUACAGACCUACACAGGACUGCAUAAAGUGCACAAAAACAGCGCAGGCAUUACAAUAAAUGAUAAACAGGGCAAUAGGGCAGUAAGGUGUCAGUCCAGGCUCUGGGUAUUGAGGAGUCUGAUAGCUUGGGGGAAGAAACUUACAUAGUCUGGUCGGGAGAGCCCGAAUGCUUCGGAGCCUUUUCCUGAUGUCUCGGCCUGAAACAUUGACUGUUUACUCUUUUCCAUAGUUGCUGCCUGGCCUGGUGAGUUCUUGAAAGUGAGAUAAUUGGUUGUGGGAAUAUCUUCAUGGAUGGCCAAGACAGUGAAGUUAUCCCCUUCGUUGAAGAGCCUGAUGGUUGAGGAGCGGGAACUUUUCUGAACCUGGCGGUGCAACUCCUGAGGCUCUUGUACCUUGUAUCUGAUGGCAGCAGGGCACAAAAGGCAAAGGAUUUGUAUACGUGAAUCCUAAACAGAACCACAAACACGUUUAGUCCCACCGUACGUUGUCAUCAGUCUUUGAAUGUGGAGGAGGAGAUGCUUGAGAAAACAGCACACCGUUUGCAGCAAGGAGAACCCAAACACGUGCUCAGUGUCGGAGAGAGAUCUGGAUAAAGCAACCUGGUGAUAAACCUUGUGAAUUCUCUUCAAGUUAUUGAAGGAGUGAUCAAGUAUUUCCAUUGUAACGCCAGUAUAUCAGUGGUGGAACCUUGGAGCAGAAGAUGUAUCUCAGCCCAGCUGGAAAUGUGCGUUGUGUGUGAAAUAAAGUUUUCUGGUGUAACUCUGUGAAAUCCACUGCAACUAAGUGCCUGCCAACACACCAGCAUUUGUUCACCAGAGAUCAGGUCUUCAACUGCAUUGUCUGUGUGAAGGAUUGACGUCUGACUUGAUGAAUCAACAGUUCACCUGCUCUGUUUGUGGGAACGGAUUCACUCACUCAGCCGAUCUGUGGACACACCAGUGAAUUUGCACUAGGGAGGGCCCAUUCACCUGCUCUGUGUGAGGGAAGGGCUGUACUCAGUAAUCCAGCCUGAAGAUAUAUCGGCAAGUUCACAUCAUAGUGAGAUUGUUCAGAUGACGCUAAGCAAUUCAUUCUGCCAACCAAGCUGAAGACACAUCGGAAAAUUCACCACGGUGAGAGGCUGUUCACCUGCUCUGUGUGUGGGAAGGCAGUCACUUGACCACUCAACUUAGUGACACACAAGCGAGCUCACACGACAGAGAGAAGAGAGACUGUUCAACUCUUCCGUGCUUGGGACGGGAUUCACUCGUUCAUCCCUUGUGAUGAGUCACCCCCCAAUGCACUCCAAGGAGAGGCCAUACAUCUGCUCGGACUGUGGGAAGGGAUUCACUGACUCAUAUAAGCUAAUCAGGCACCAGCAAUUUCACAGUGGGGAGAAACCGUUCACCUGCUCAGACUGUGGGAAGGGAUUCACUGAAUCGUAUUUACUGCACGCGCACCAGCGGAUUCACACGGGAGAAAAACCAUUCAUCUGUUCCGUGUGUGGGAAGGGAUUCACUCACUCAUCCAAUUUAAUCAGGCACCGGCGAUUUCACUCCGGGGAGAAGCCAUUCACCUGCUCAGACUGUGGGAAGGCAUUUAUAGAGUCAUUUGACUUGCAACUACACCGGCGUGUUCACAGCGGAGAGAGACCAUACGUCUGCCCUGUUUGUGGAAAGCGAUGGACUCGAUCAUCUGACCUGUCAAGGCACAAGCGAACUCACACGGGAGAGAGGCCAUUCACCUGCUCUGAAUGUGGGAAGGGAUUCACUCAGCUAUCUAACCUACAGAUACACCAGGCAGUUCACACUGGGGAGAGGCCAUUCAUCUGCUCAGUGUGUGGGAAAGGAUUUGCUCACCCGUACUUUCUGAAAAGUCACCAGCGAAAUCACACUGGAGAGAGGCCGUUCUCCUGCUUAGAAUGUGGUAAGAGAUUCAUUCGGUCUUCUCAUUUACUGGCGCAUCAGAGACUUCACACUGGGGAAAGGCCGUUCGCUUGUUCAGAGUGUGGGAAGGGAUUCACUGAAUCGUCACACCUGCGCGUGCACCAGCGGGUUCACACGGGAGAAAAACCAUUCACCUGCUCAGACUGUGGGAAGGCAUUUAUCCAGUCAUCUCACUUGAAAGUACACCAGGCGGUCCACACUGGAGAGAGGCCGUUCACCUGUUCUAAAUGUGGGAAGGGAUUCAUUCACUCAUACUAUCUGAUAAGUCACCAGCGGGUUCACACUGAAAAGAAGCUGUUCACCUGCUCAGAAUGUGGGAAGGGAUUCACCCAGUCAUCUUAUCUACUGGUGCACCAGAGAAUUCACACUGGGGAGAGGCCGUUCACCUGUUCAGACUGUGGGAAGGGAUUCACUGAUUCGUCACGCCUGCACGAGCAUCAGCGAGUUCACACUGGAGAAAGACCGUUCACCUGCUCAGAAUGUGGAAAGGGAUUCACUCGGUCAUCUGAUUUGACAAGUCACCAGCGAGUUCACACUGGGGAGAGACCGUUCACCUGCUCAGACUGUGGGAAGGGGUUCACUCGGUCAGCUGCGCUGCUGGCUCACAAGUCAGUUCACACUGGGGAGAAAAAUGAGCUACAGCUCGACGCGCUCGGGGGCCGGAUGCACGGUUGCGCAUGCGCGGAGCGUCGCGGCGAGAGCCCGUUGCGCAUGCGCUCACUAGACAGAGGACCAGCGGGUGAGACCGGGGCUCCGCGCUCCGCCUGGGAGACAGUUGCUGCGGGUUCCCGUCACGCCGCCAUCGCCCUGAACUCUGAGUGGGAAUGUACUCAAUCCUCUGAGCUGAUGAGGCACAAGCGAAUUCACACUGGGGAGAGGCCGUUCACCUGCUCAGACUGUGGGAAGGGAUUCACUCGGUCAUCCCAUCUCCUGGCACACCAGAAACUUCACACUGGGGACAGGCCGUUCACCUGUUCAGACUGUGGGAAGGGAUUCACUCAGUCGUCUAAACUACUGGCACACCAGAAACUUCACACUGGGGACAGGCCAUUCACCUGUUCAGACUGUGGGAAGGGAUUCACUGAAUCAUUUCACCUGCACGCGCACCGGCGGGUUCACACGGGAGAAAAACCAUUUACCUGUCCCGUGUGUGGGAAGGGAUUCACUCACUCAUCUCAAGUGAGACGACACCAACGAGUUCACUCUGGGGAGAAGCCCUUCACUUGCUCAGACUGUGGGAAGGGAUUCACCGAGUCAUCUCACUUGCAAGUACACCGGCGUGUUCACAGUGGAGAGAGACCAUACGUCUGCCCUGUUUGUGGGAAGCGAUGUACUCAAUCAUCUGACCUGUUGAGGCACAAGCGAAUUCACACGGGAGAGAGGCCAUUCACCUGCUCUGAAUGUGGGAAGGGAUUCACUCGGUCAUCUAACCUACUGGUACACCAGACGGUUCACACUGGGGAGAGGCCAUUCACCUGCUCAGUGUGUGGGAAGGGAUUCGCUCACUCGUCCUAUCUGAGAAGUCACCAGCGAAUUCACACCAGAGAGAGGGUCUUCACCUGCUCAGAAUGUGGGAAGGGAUUCAUUCGGUCAUCGUAUCUCCUGGUGCACCAGAGAGUUCACACUGGGGAGAGGUUGUUCACCUGUUCAGACUGUGGGAAGGGAUUCACUGAAUUGUCUCACCUGCAAGCGCACCAGCGGGUUCACAGGGGAGAAAAACCAUUCAUCUGUCCCAUGUGUGGGAAGGGAUUCACUCAGUCAUCUCAUGUGACAAGACACCAGCGAGUUCACUCUGGGGAGAAGCCGUUCACCUGCUCAGACUGUGGGAAGACAUUCACCGAUUCAUCUAACUUGCAAGUACACCGGCGUGUUCACAGUGGAGAGAGACCAUACAUCUGCCCUGUUUGUGGGAAGCGAUGUACUCGAUCAUCUGACCUGUUGAGGCACAAGCGAACUCACACGGGAGAGAGGCCGUUCACCUGCUCAGUGUGUGGGAAGGGAUUCACUCAGUCAUCUAACCUACUAGUACACCAGACGGUUCACACUGGGGAGAGGCCAUUCUCAUGCUCAGUGUGUGGGAAGGGAUUCGCUCACUCGUCCUAUCUGAUAAGUCACCAGCGAAUUCACACCAGAGAGAGGGUCUUCACCUGCUCAGAAUGUGGGAGGGGAUUCACUCGGUCAUCGAAUCUCCUGGUGCACCAGAGAGUUCACACUCGGGAGAAGCCAUUCAGCUGAUGAAUUGUGGGGAAUGAUUUACUGAAUAGUCAUAUUUGAACACACACUAGUGAGGUCACAGAGGAGAGAAACCAUUCACCCAUUCUGUGUCUGGGGAGAAGCCAUUCACCUGCACAGACUGUGGGAAGGGAUUCACUCAAUCAGCUGAACUGCUGAAACACCAGCGAGUUCAUAGUUGUGAAUGUGGGAAGGGAUUCACUCAGUUACACCACAUUGUGAAGUAUCAGUGGGUUUACACUGAGAGGCUGCAUACCUGGCCUGUGUGAGUAAACAGGUUUACUCGUUCAUCCUACCUGCUGGUACGCCAGCUGCGAUUGUGCGGAGUUAUGUACGGUGUCUUCUCACCCGUAGACACCAUCAUGCUCACAGUGGCCGGGGUCCAUUCAUCUGCUCUGUGUGGCAGGAAUUCACUUGCUCAGCCCACAGGCAGAAACACCAGUGGGUUCACUGUGGAAAGAGGGCAUUCACCUGUUCUGUGUGUGGGAGGGAUAUACUCUGAUGUCACCCAGCCGGAAGUUAUAACUGCGAGUUCCCAUUGAACAGUGACCAUAUACCUGAUCUGACUCUGGGUAGCGAUUCCUUAAGAUCCCCAACCUCAGGACACAUAAGUGAGUUCACACUGGAGAGGGGUUAUCCAUCUGGGAAGGAAUUCAUUCAGUCAUUUCAGCCACUGAGCACCAGCGAGUUCCCACGAGGGAGUAGCCGUUCACCUGUUCUGAGUGUGGGAAGGGUUUCAUUCAGUUAAACCACCUUGUGAGGCUCCAUUAAGUUCACAAUACGGUGAGGCCACACUUCUGUCCUAAAUGAGCAAAAAGAUUUACUCAGUUGUCCCUUAUGGUGAGACUCCAGCAACUUCACAUCAAGGAGAAGGUUCGCAUAAGCUGUCUGUUAUAUUUUUAGGCAUCACGGCAGCUGGAUCUGGUUGCAAGCUCCUGAAUGAUUCUUCAUGUCAGGUUCUGCUGUUAUUGCAGCUGCUGAUCGCACCCGGGACUGAACUCAGCCUUUGUUCUGCUGCUGUCGGCAGUAAAUGAGACUGGUGUUUAACAUUGUAGAUCCGUGACAAAUAAAUCAGUUGCAUUUCAAAUUGUCGUGGAAACACUAACUGAGAACACUCAGAGUGACUUGGAGUUUCAUUUUAAGGGUUUAUUAAUGUGAUAUCAUGGAGAGGCUGCAGCAGUUCCACCACCGGAACCCUGAACUUUAGGUUAUUCAGUGCUCAUAUUUAUACAGCAAGACAAACAACUUCACAUAACUUUGUUUGGCAUUUCACGGUCGGUACCUGAUAAAUUGUUUAAAAGACAUGUCAGUUAUCCCUCAGUGUGAGUGUAACAGUUAUUCCUAAUUAUUAAUUAUAACAACAGUUAUUCAUAAUUUACCCCCAGACGCAUUCUCUGUCCUGGUUCCAGGGGCCUACUAUCUUAUUAAUUGGAGUUCCUGGUACUGCACUUAUCAUCCAAGGUUAUUAUCGACAUGCAUCAGCGGUGUCAAGCCCAGCUGUUCCCGAAUUGACAAGUAUCCCAUCAGACAUUAGUUUUAACCAUUUCUACCACAAAUCCCUCCUUGUUGAUCUUUCUGAUCAACACUUGAAGAUUUAUACUCCCUUCCCCCUGUCAAGGGGCUCAUAACCCACUGGAUAAUGGCGCAUUCCUAAACUUCCCUCUUCAUCGUAACUCUUCUUUCCCCGUCUCCCGUGACGUGAGAUUGCGCAGACGCAGCGAAUGCGUUGUUGUAUGACACAAUGGCCCACCACCACUAAGCAGACCAGGGCAAUGAGACCGUAAAAGAGGGGCUGUAACCAGGAAAAUAUUCCUUCUAACACUGAUUUAAACCACCUAAAGAAAUCCCAGUCUACUGGAGGGGCUUGAGAGUUCAGUUAAUGUAUCUCAUCUCACAGAUGGGUCAUGUGUUCCAACACGUGGGUCAUAUUUUCUGCAGCAUCGGGUACGUAGGUGUAACAUUCUUUUCCCACUAAAGCACAGACCCCUCCUCCCAGGCUAAUACUUAGUCUCGGGCCAUCCGGUUCCGUAAGGUCACCAGUCAAAGAUUUUGCAUUUCCUGGUUCAGAAUGGCAAAUCCCUCUAUAGUCUCAUCGGCCAGCUGUUCCAGUACUAAACUCAGCAAAUCUAUAGAACAGUAACUAUAACUGGAUCAAUGAAAGAUCAACCAGGGUGCAGAAGACACUAAACUCUGCAAAUGUAAAUAUGAACAAAAUAGCAAUAAAUAAAGAGAACAUGAGAUAUAGCAAUAACGAGGGCUUAAAGAAAGUCUGGAGAUGCUGUAAAUAAAAGUAACACACAAAAUGUUGGAGGAACUCAGCAGGCCAGGUAUCAUCUAUGGAAAAGAGUAAACUGCAGACUUUUAGGGAUGAGACCCUUCAUCAGGACAGUCCUCGGGUCUCGGCCUGAAACAUUGACUGCUUACUGUUCUGUAGUUGCUGCCUGGCCUGGUGAGUUCUUUAAAGUGAGAUCAUUGGUUGUGGGAACGUCUUCAUGGAUGGGCAAGAGAGUGAAAGUUAUCCCCUUUGUUAAAGAGCCUGAUGGUUGAGGAGUGGUACCUGUUCUGAACCUCCCGGUGCAACUCCUGUGGCUCUUGUACUUGCUAUCUGAUGGCAGCGGGUAAACCGAGAGAGAGAGACAGUCUGACACACACACAGACAGAGGGAAAUGCACAGGAGAAAAGAGAAUCUUUGAGGGGUUACAGACAUGAUUGUGUUUACUGGGUGGGAGAAACUCACCGAGAAGCAAAGGAAUAGAGAGGUCUGUUCGGCGAGGUCAUGUUCACAGACAUAUUGAUGUUGGGGGAGACUCACAUACAGGUUUAGUAGAAUUCCACUUAAAGACACUCUACAAAAGAGGUCUCAUGAUGUUAUUAAAUUCAAAAAUCUGAGAUGUGUCUGUACAUUAAUUCCUGCAAAUGACAACACUUGUGUCACCUCUCUCUCAUCACUGUUAGUAAUUUUCCUUCCUUAUCAGUUCCCUGUGCUUUUGACGUCAUCCCUUGCAAUAUUGUGGAGGGCAAGUCAUUGGAUGUAUUUAAAACGGAGGUUGAUCAGUCUUUGAUGAAUAAGGCUGUCAAAGGCCACAGAAGAACAGGGUUGAGAAGGAAAACAAAUCAACCAUGAUAGAAUAGAGCAGACUCGAUGUGCCAAGUGGUCAAAUUUUGCCCCUAUGCCUUAUUAUCUUAAUUAAUGUGAAGGGGAACGUAGUGUGGGUGAGGGGAUAAAGCUUGAAGCUGAGAGGUACAAGGUGGAAGAGGUAAAGAGCUGAUGAACGAUGACACUGACAGGAGAAGAGAGUUGUCAGUGGGAGAAAAGGAACGAGGAGGGAUAUUAUGACAUUUUCACUGCUCCGAACGGGCUGUAUCUCCCAAAGCUCUUCUCUCCUCCCCCCCCCCCCCCCAAUACCCGACUACCCGACUGUCCUCUGAAAUCUGAAAGCUGGUGAGUUAACGCCCUGGCUCUGUUUCAGUAGCACCUGCGCAUUUCUGGUUCUGUGACCUUUCUCCAACUGUGAGUAUGUUGGAUUGCUUUAUUAAAGAUUUUUUGAUGUAUAUUCUAUUGUUUUAUGUGAACAAACUUGGAAAAAACUAACAAAAAGACAACCAUAAAAACCACAACCAUAACCAUAGCAAAAUGAAAUUAAAUAUUGAGCAGCAAAAGAGAAAACAAAUAUUAAAGGCAAAAAGUAAACACAGCAGCGUUGCACCGCACCAAAAAACCUCAGUCCUCACUCCGUAAGAAAGUCCAAUACAGGGCCUCAUAUCCUUUCAAAGAUAUCCCCUCUCUCCUCGUUACAUAAUCUCAGUCUCUCCAAAUGUAAAGGGUUUGCCAGUUCUCUCAGCCACAGAUCGUACGGAGGCAGUGAGUCCAUUUUCCACAUUUGCAGAAUUAACUUCUUAGCAAUCGCCAUUCCAACAAUUCAGCCAUCUUUUCAUACUUAUUGGCUGAAGAUAAGGAGCUUGUUAAUAGACAGUAGGUGCAGAAGUAGGCCAUUCGGCCAUUCUAGCCAGCACCGCCGUUCACUAUGAUCAUGGCUGAUCAUACACAAUCAGUACCCCGUUCCUGCCCUCUCCCCAUAUCCCUUGACCCCGCUAUCUAUAAGAGCUCUUUCUAACUCUCUCUUGAAUGCAUCCAGAGACUUGGCCUCCACUGCCUUCUGGGGCAGAGCAUUCCAUAGAUCCACAACAAACGUUUUUCUGCAUCUCUGUUCUAAAUGGCCUACUCCUUAUUCUUAAACUGUGGCCUCUAGUUCUGGACUCACCCAUCAGCGGGAACAUGCUUCCUGCCUCCUGCAUGUCCAAUCCCUUAGUAAUCUUAUACGUUUCAAUCAGAUCCCCUCUCAUCCUUCUAAAUUGCUAGAUUUCUAAAUUUGUUGCUCCAAGGAUGGCUAUGAGUGGGUCUGGCUCCCAACGCUUCCCAAAAGCCUCAGAAAAACAGUGAAAUAUACUUUUCCAUGUUGUCUUUGGACCUGACGGUGUUAAAUGAAGCGCCGAGGUCUCCAGACGGAAACAUUAACGGACUUGAGAUCCGGUCCAUUA